UCUUGGCAUCCUCAAUUAGUCUGCGAGUUCCUCUCCGCAUCCGUUCCUUGCGUUGGGCGCUGCGUUACAAGCGGGCGCUGAACAUCAUCGACCUCCUGCCGCUGCUCUCUCGUCCCCCCCGGGUCUGCUCGAGUAUCGAGACACUUGCCAAGCACGAUUUGAAGGUCUGCUCGUGGAGUUAAAAAGAAGCCAAAAUGUCUCUCUACCCAUCUCUGGAAGAUAUGAAGGUGGACAAGGUGAUCCAGGCUCAGACUCGACUGGCAGAGCAGCAGGGCUACAUGGGGGCGGUGGCCAUCGCCGCGUCGACGGACCCCAUGGCCAGCGGUGACCUGUACCCGACGCCGACCCUCUACCCCGAGCUGCGCGAGUAUAUGGGCCUCAGCCUCUCUGACGAGGAGAUCCGCCUCAACAUGCCCAUGGUGGCGGCCUCAGCUUCCUCCGGGGCCCUGGUGGCUCGGCCGUCCGGCUCCAGCAUGGCCCUGGGGCCUGUGACGGGAUCCGACGUGGGUGUGCGGCGCGCCGAGGUGAAGCAGGGCGUCCGCGAGGUCAUCCUGUGCAAAGACCAGGACGGGAAGCUGGGCCUGCGCCUCAAGGCCGUUGACAAGGGCAUCUUUGUGCAGCUGGUGCAGGGGGGCUCGCCGGCCUCGUUGGCUGGGCUUCGCUUCGGCGACCAGGUGCUGCAGAUCAAUGGCGAGAACUGUGCCGCGUGGGACACGGACAAGGCGCACAAAGUGCUGAAGAAAGCGGCGCCGGAAAGGAUCGUGAUGGCCGUGCGUGACAGGCCGUUUGAGCGCACCAUCACCAUGCACAAGGACAGCCUGGGCUACGUGGGAUUCGUGUUCAAAAACGGCCGCAUCGUGUCCAUCACCAAGGAUAGCUCGGCCGCGCGCAAUGGCCUGCUCACGGAGCACAAUGUGUGCGAGCUCAACGGGCAGAACGUCGUGGGCCUCAAGGACUCGCAAGUCAGCGAAAUUCUGACAGCUUCUGGCUCAACCAUCACCCUGACCAUCAUGCCCUCCUUCAUCUAUGACCACAUCAUCAAAAGGAUGGCUUCCAGCGUUCUCAAGAACCAGAUGGAUCAUUCGAUCCCUGAAGUGUGAAACUGGGAGUCGUUUCCAGAAAGAAGAAACGCCUUUGAACUUUGCAUCCACCAUUUACUCAUUUCUCCACCGUAUGCAUGUGAACAUGCCAACUGUCGUGCUAUAUAACAAUCUAUUAACAGGCUAGCUAUUCAUUCCUACUCUAUUUAGUGUUAAUUUUAUUUUUUAUUUAGUCCGUAUGUUUAAAUAGUAUUAUUUGAUUUUCAAGGCUCAAUGAAAAAUAUCCUAAUGUAAUCUAGCACCAAAUACAUGUUUUACUUGCCUUACACUUGCUGUUCAAAGGCUGAACUAAACUUGUUAAUUUUAAUGUGUUUUUGUUUAGCAGUUGUAUUGUUGAAAGUUAAACAUUGCCUGUCGCUUAUACUGUAUUGCAAUUCACUUAUUGCAUGAUUAGCAAGACUAUCCAUAGGGAUUUCUACUGCAAGAAGACAUGAACUGUGCAUUCCAAUUUUGGUUUAUUUUAUACAACUUAUGAUGAAAUAUUUGCAUGAGAAAAUGAACGUCGGCUUAUCCCAGAGGCAAUCAAAACGUAGAAUGGCUUGGUGGUGUUUACAGUUUCAGGAAUGCUUGUAUUUUGCAUCGUCGGUCAGUGUGAAAUACACUUACACAUUUAAUAAACGUUUUUUGAUCGGCUCGAAAUAAACUAUCAGACCGAGUUGAUUGGAGAACAAACAA